ACUCUAACACUGUGCCAGCGUGUGCCUUUUCUUUAUUAUACUUUAUCUUCUAAACUAAACAGAGAAGAUCUAGUGCAUCAAAGGGAUGACAGGAGUCUCCACAAAUCAGUUACUACUUUAACGACAUUUCUUUACACAUUACCAAAGACUAAUGAAGCUGGUUUGCAUUCAUAUGUUCAGAACUAUAUCCAUACAAAUGCAGAAUGAAUUAAGGUGAUACAAAGGACAUUAUGACUUGAAAACCAAAAGAUACAAUAUAGCAGAAUAAACAUUUUACUGGAUUUCUUAGUCACGUCAUUCUUAGAUAUUACUAUUAUUUGGUUUUAAAAAUAGUGUGUGGAGCAUUUUUUUCACCAUGGCUUCCUUUUUUUAAAUUCUUCCCUUCCCCAGGAAAAUGUACUUCCAGAAUUUUUAAUUACAACAUUGUGUAUUUCUUUUCUUCCCACCCCUACUAUUUUUGUAUUUCUGUCUUUCAAAAGUGUAGCUUGAAUGAUUGGCUUUGUUUACAAGUGCCUUGUGUUUUGCUAAGAAAGAAAUGAGUACAGGAAGAAGCUGAAUAGUGGCCUUUUUGCCUCCUUUCUAGAUUUCACUGCUAACUAUUCAGAAGCAAUGUUAAGAUUUCCAUGGAGAAACUGAGGCACAGAAAAAAAAAUUAGGUGAACAAUGGAUCGCUUGUAACUGGAAUUCUGACUAUAUUGUCAAAUAAUACAAACUAUGAACCAGUUCACAUGGACUGAAUGGAAGACUCUGAAUAUGAAUGAUAGUAAUGUGAAUGUAUCUGAGCAUCUCUCCUGCCCUUUUGGAUUUGGACACUAUAAUGCCAUUGACAUCUGCAUCCUUGAGACUAUUAUCAUCAUCUUACUAACAUUUUUAAUUAUUGCUGGUAACUUAACAGUAAUUUUUGUCAUUCACUGUGCUCCAUUGUUGCAUCAUUAUACCACCAGCUACUUUAUUCAGACUAUGGCGUAUGCUGAUCUUUUUGUUGGGAUUAGCUGCUUAAUUCCUGUCUUGUCACUGCUUCACUAUUCUACAGGUGUCCAUGAGUCCUUAACUUGUCAAAUUUUUGUGUAUGUCAUCUCUGUGUUGAAAAGUGUUUCUAUGGCCUGCCUUGCUUUCAUUAGUGUGGAUCGCUACCUUGCAAUCACAAAACCACUGUCCUAUAAUCAGUUGGUCACCCCUUGUCGAUUGAGAAUCUGCAUUAUUUUGAUUUGGCUGUACUCAGGCCUUAUCUUCUUGCCUUCCUGUUUUGGCUGGGGAAAGCCAGGUUAUCAUGGAGACAUUUUUGUAUGGUGUGCAACGUCUUGGCUCACCAAUGCCUAUUUUACCGGAUUUAUUGUGUGCUUACUCUAUGCUCCAGCUGCCUUUAUAAUCUGUUUUACAUAUUUCCACAUAUUCAAAAUUUGCCGGCAGCACACCAAAGAGAUAAAUGACAGGAGAGCUCAAUUUCCUAGUCAUGAAGUAGAUACUGCUGCAGAAACUGAACAUAGCCCAGAUAGUCACUAUGCUAUGGUUUUAUUUCGUAUAACCAGUGUGUUUUAUGUGCUCUGGCUACCCUACAUUAUAUACUUCAUGCUAGAGAGCACCAGGGUGCUGGAAAAUCCAGCACUCUCUUUUGUAACAACCUGGCUUGCUAUAAGCAAUAGUUUUUGUAACUGUGUAAUAUAUAGCCUGUCAAAUAGUGUUUUUAGGUUGGGGCUUUGGAGAUUGUCAGAGACAAUAUGUUCAGCUUGUAUAUGUAAAAAAGACAGUAUGGUUCAAGAGCCAGUUCCUAGAAAACGGGCUAAUUCCUGUUCUAUCUAAGGAAGAAAAUAGGCAGUCAAAUACAAUCUGAUAUAUAGGCUUUGUAGUAUUUCAUUUGUUGCCAGCGUAAAAUUUCAAGAAAUACUAUUCAUUGUAAACAUGAAUUAUAUUUUGGAAGAGUAAGAAAACACUGGUGGAAUGUGAUAGGUGAGUGAGGGACUAGUAAGUGCAAGCAAAGCUUCCAGGAGACUGAAUCCAAACCCAAACCAUCUUUAAUAACAAAAUUGUCACUUAUGAAUAUGUAGAAAACUAUGGUAGUAAGAUAAAUACUGUAUGUCAAUUUAAAAUGCCUAUUUGUGGAGGAAUAUAUUUUAUUUUUUUCUAACAUAAUAUAUAAAAAUGAAUUAAUUUUAUUUUGUUCUUUUGGAUUCUGUGACCCAAUUGUUCAGGCACAUUUUUGCAGUUCAGUGCAUAGCAUGCAGUCAGCGUGUAUAUAAAACUGUUUUUAAAAUGUACAUUUUGUAUUCUGCAUCACGUGAUUUUCCUAUUAUUAAAUAAUUGUUUAACACUUGGAAUAAAUAAUUUUUAAAUAGACUUUAUAGAAUUUUUUGUUCUCAGAAAAAAUCCUAUUAAGAGUCUAAAGGUAUUGAUGCUAGAUGCAGGUAAAAAUCUUAGUACUUUGCUAUGUAAUAGUAUG